UCCACGCAGCCCCGGACACGCCACGCGCUGCUUUCUUUCUCCCCUACCCUUACCUCCGUUCCUGCUUGCUUCGCUCCCACCCUCCUGCACCGCUGCGGCCCGAGACUGAGACGAGAGCGGGCAGCCGCGCCCUGCUCGUGCUGUGGGGGAGCGCUGUCGAGAGCCGCCGCGGGCCCCCGGGGGACGGGUUUACCACUGGGAAACGUGAGCCCCAGGCGCCACGCCGGGCAGCCGCUCGCCUCUGACCUCGACCCGCGCGCGGACCUCCCGCUGAAGCGCCGGGAGCGGUCGCCGCGGGGUUUGCCAGCGCUCGCCGGGGCGGCUGCAGCGAGCGAGAGGGGAACGCGGGCGGCCGCGGCCGGUGCCGUGUGGCGGAACUUGGGGGCUUGCGGGGUCUGUGGAUCGUGCUGGUAUCGGCCCGGCCCGCCGGCGAGGGUGACUCGGGGAAGCGGACGCUCCCUUCCUCCCGGUGCGGAGUUUCCGAGAAAGAAAAUUUUGUUCUGCAGCAGCUUCAUGGCAACAGCAAUGGAAGUACAAGGACUUAAAAUGGCAGAAGAUUCCUAUAUUAUGGGAGUGUCUGAUCCCCAAAUAUUUGCAAUGGACCAGCUCAUGGGAAUGAAUGCAUUAUUUAAUAGUACAAAUUACAUCACUUCAGACUUACCACUACGAACAGCGGAUGGACCGUAUCUUCAGAUCAUAGAACAGCCCAAACAGAGAGGGUUUCGUUUCCGAUACGUAUGUGAAGGGCCUUCACAUGGUGGACUUCCUGGUGCUUCUAGUGAAAAGAACAAAAAAUCCUACCCUCAGGUCAAAAUCUGCAAUUAUGUUGGACCCGCAAAAGUAAUCGUCCAGUUAGUUACUAAUGGGAAAUACGUCCACUUACACGCGCACAGCUUGGUGGGGAAAUUUUGUGAAGAUGGAGUAUGCACAGUUAAUGCAGGACCGAAAGAUAUGGUUGUAGGGUUUUCAAAUCUUGGAAUACUCCAUGUCACAAAGAAGAAAGUGUUUGAAACCCUGGAAACACGCAUGAUUGAUGCUUGCAAAAAAGGAUACAACCCAGGACUCCUGGUGCAUCCUGAACUUGGCUAUCUGCAGGCAGAAGGAUGUGGAGAGAGACAGCUAACUGAACGAGAAAGAGAAAUCAUUCGUCAGGCAGCCAUACAGCAGACUAAAGAAAUGGAUCUCAGUGUGGUGCGUCUCAUGUUUACAGCCUUUCUCCCUGACAGUAAUGGUAGUUUCACACGGAAACUUGAUCCUGUUAUAUCAGAUGCGAUAUAUGACAGCAAAGCUCCCAAUGCCUCCAACUUAAAAAUUGUAAGAAUGGACAGAACAGCAGGAUGUGUAACAGGAGGGGAAGAGAUUUACCUUCUCUGUGACAAGGUUCAGAAAGAUGAUAUUCAAAUACGUUUCUAUGAAGAGGAUGAGAAUGGAGGUAUGUGGGAAGGUUUUGGAGACUUCUCUCCUACAGAUGUACAUAGACAGUUUGCUAUUGUGUUCAAAACACCCAAGUAUCGAGAUAUCAAUAUCACAAAGCCAGCAUCUGUGUUUGUACAACUGCGUAGAAAAUCUGAUCUGGAAACAAGUGAACCAAAGCCUUUUCUCUACUAUCCGGAAAUCAAAGAUAAAGAAGAAGUGCAGAGGAAGCGGCAGAAGCUCAUGCCAAACUUCUCCGACGGCUAUGGUGGCGGCAGCGGUGUGGGAGGCGGUGGCAUGUACGGAGGGGGAGGUGGCGGUGCCGGCUCUGGGUUCAGUUAUCCUUCAUAUGGAUACUCUGCUUUUGGAGGGAUGCAUUUCCACCCUGGCCCAACAAAGUCCAAUGCUGGAAUGAAACACGAUCUAUCAAAUAGCACAGGUGAACAAGAUGGGAAGAGUUGUGACAAACAAAGUGACAGCUGGGACAUGAAGCAUGAUGUGAAAGUGGAAACUGUGCAGAGGAAUGAGUGCAGAACCUCUGGUGACAGUGAGGAGGAAGAUACUGCUUCUUCCUCUAAAACUGAAGUAAAUGAAGCAGAUUGCAGGUGGCAGGACAGUCUGUUCCUGGAGAAGGCCAUGCAGCUUGCCAAGCGCCACUGCAAUGCUCUCUUUGAUUACGCUGUAACUGGAGAUGUGAAGAUGCUGUUGGCUGUUCAGCGCCAUCUCACUGUUGUCCAGGAUGACAAUGGAGACAAUGUCCUUCAUUUAGCAAUUAUCCACCUUCACAGAGAGCUGGUGAAAAACCUCUUGGAAGUGAUGUCUGCUUUGAAUGAUGACACAAUUAACAUGAGAAACGAUCUCUAUCAGACCCCCUUGCACCUGGCAGUAAUCACAAAACAGGCAGAGGUGGCAGAAGACCUGCUGAGGGCUGGAGCAGAUGUCAGCCUCCUGGAUCGCCAUGGUAAUUCUGUCUUACAUUUAGCUGCUACCCAAGGAGACGACAGGAUGUUGAGUCUGCUCCUCAGGCAUGAGAAGGUCUCUCCGAUGCUUGACCUCUCCAACGGUGAAGGUCUCGGUGCAAUUCAUAUGGUGGUGAUGGCAAACAGCAUGACCUGCCUCAAACAGCUCAUUGCUGCUGGUGUUAACGUCAAUGCUCAGGAACAAAAAUCUGGACGGACUGCGUUGCAUUUAGCUGUUGAGCAGGAGAACAUCCCUUUGGCAGGCUGCCUUUUGCUUGAGGGGGAUGCCGAUGUGGACAGCACUACGUAUGAUGGGACAACUCCUCUUCACAUAGCAGCUGCGAGGGGCUCUCCAAAGCUGGCAGCAGUUCUCAAAGCAGCAGGUGCAAACCCUCACCUUGAGAACUUUGAGCCAUUGUUUGAUCUAGAUGAUGUGAAAGAUGGCGAUGAAGGGAUUGUGCCUGGAACAACCCCGCUGGAUAUGGCGGCCAACUGUGAGGUGUACGAUAUACUAAAUGGGAAACCCUACAAGGCAGCAGUGGUUUCAGAGGACUUACUGACACAAGGGCAUUUGAGGGAGCUGAAUGAAAGUUCCAAGAUACAGCUUUACAAACUACUAGAACUGCCUGAUCCAAAGAAAAACUGGUCCACUCUAGCACAAAAACUGGGUCUUGGCAUGCUUAAUAAUGCCUUCAGGUUGAGCCCCUCCCCACCAAAAACUCUGCUGGACAACUAUGAGGUUUCUGGUGGUACAGUUCAUGAGUUGAUGGCUGUUUUAAGACAGAUGGAUCACACAGAAGCCAUUGAAGUAAUUCAGAAAGCACUGUCUAUCUCAGAAAGCCCAUCGCACCUGGAGGGCAGUACAGCAAAAGCUUUUCCAUCAUCAUUACCGCCAACCUUUGCAAAGGGAGAGACAGGAACAAACGUGCUGUUGGCGUCAUCCUGGAUGGAAGGAAGUGUACCCGCAACCAAAAGCACACUGCAGGGAUCAUCCACAGCCCUGAACCAGCUGUGCCUUCAGCCUGUGGCUCCUUGCCUUUGCUUCCUUCACUUGCCCUUCACUUUAUUCCUUUACAAGCCCUGUCCAACAGGGAGGGCCCUCCUGCUGCUUUCAUAUGCAGGGCUGGGCGCAGGGAGGGACAGACUGAGCUGCUGAGGGCUGGAAGGAUUUUCUUUCAUAGAUGAAAGUCACUCCUUGUUCAUGCCUAAUACUGACUCACUUAAUAAAACAAGGUAAGGCACACUGAGCAAUCAAAGGAUACAGUUUCUAGCCACUCUUUUCAUAAUUUUUGCAGCACAUUUGCAUGAAAAAAGCUCAAAAUAGCUGGCAAAGAAAAAUCAUGACUUUAAUCACAAUGACAACUCCAUGAGAAAAGAGAAUCCUAAAGGAAACUAAUCUUGUAUAUUUCAAAUAAUAAUAAUGUAUUUAAACUUAACUUCGGUGCCUCAUUCAAAAAGAAAUUCAAGUUUGGCAUUUUCCUGUUUGUAAAUAGAUUUUUUUAAUAUCUGUUCCUUUUACAAAAUGUGCUUUUUAAAGGCUUAUUUUUAUUUUACUU